AUGGCUCCCAAUAUGUUGGAGGCUUCGACAUAUGAUGUCAUUAAAGAAAUUGAAGGUAUAGUUGAGUGCUUACCACCACAUAGUGAAGGGCUGGUUGAUGCGAAGGAGCUGGAUAAGGAAAAAUUAGCUAAGGCCAUGCUUUAUUAUUCGAAGAGUGGGUUGGAUUAUGUGAUGGGUGGUCCUGCUAUCCCCAGCAAGAUGUUAUUCCAGAAAUUCGUAGAUGACCUGUUCUUUGGUGGAGAUACAAUGGAAGAGGCGAAGCAAUGGGCAUGGAUUGUAUACGGAUCCAGCUAA